AUAGAGCAUCUUACGAAGAUAAGUGGAAAGAAAUCAGCACUUUUGUGAAGUAUGGUAUGAUCUCAGACGAGAAAUUUAAUGAAAAAGCGAUGGGAUUUGCUUUGCUAAAAAAUCUUGACGGCGUACACAGCACAUUAGAAGAAUACAAAGAAAAAGUAAAGGCAACCCAAACUGACAAACACAAUAAAUUGAUCUAUUUGUAUGCCAAUGACCCGAAAGCGCAACACAGCUACAUCAAAGCAGCAAAAGAUUAUGGUUAUGAUGUGUUAGAAAUGGAUACCAUCAUAGACAAUCACUUCAUGCAGCACAUCGAGUACAAAGGCAAUGAAGUAACCUUCGUCCGUGUGGAUUCUGAUACACCUGACAAUCUCGUACAAAAAGACGAAACAAAAGAGUCAGUACUUAGCCAAGCCGAUCAAGAC